ACCAGUGCCAUGAAAGAAGAAAACAACACAGGUGCAUUACAAUUUCUUCUCCUGGGCCUCUCCAAUGAUCCUAAACUGCAGCCCUUUCUCUUUGGACUGUUCCUGUCCAUGUACCUGGUCGUGGUGCUCGGGAACCUGCUCAUCAUCCUGGUUGUCAGCUCUGACUCCCACCUUCACACCCCCAUGUACUUCUUCCUCUCCAACCUGUCCUUUGUGGAUAUCUGUUUCACCUCCACUACAGUCCCAAAGAUGCUGAUGAACAUCCUGGCACACAAUAAAGUUAUUACCUACACAGAGUGCCUCACUCAGGUGUAUAUUUUUAUGAUUUGGGGGGGAAUGGAUAAUUUCCUACUGACAGUGAUGGCCUAUGACCACUUUGUGGCCAUCUGCCAUCCCCUGAAAUACAUGAUCAUUAUGACCCCUCAAUUAUGUGUCUUGCUGGUUCUGAUAUCCUGGAUCAUCAUUUUCUGCUUCUCCCUGCUUCAUAUUCUCCUGCUGAUUCAACUGACUUUCUCCACUGGCAAUGAAAUCCCACAUUUCUUCUGUGAACUGUCUCUGCUUAUUAAAGUGGCCACCUUUGAUACCAUUUUCAAUAUCAAUAUCAUCCUAUUGUAUGUGUCAAGCAUCCUGUUCAUUGUGUGUCCCAUUACUGGGAUUCUCUUCUCUUACUCUCAGAUCAUAUCUUCCAUAGUGAGGAUGUCCUCCUUUUCAAGCAAAUAUAAAGCAUUUUCCACCUGUGUGUCUCACCUUUGUGGAGUCUCUUUGUUCUAUGGAACAGCACUUGUGGUGUACCUCAGUUCGGCUGCUACUCAUUCUUCCCAUGAAAGCUCUGUUACCUCUGUGAUGUACACUGUGGUGACACCCAUGCUGAACCCCUUCAUCUACAGCCUGAGGAACCAGGAUGUGAAGGGGGCCAUUGGAAGAUUCAUCAUUAAAGCAGCCUCUGGUCCUUGA